UAUUGCUCUCAGUCCUGCGUCUCUUAAAAGGAACUGUAGAGCCAAUGCUGAACGUGAUAUGACAGUGUCACUGCUUCUCAAGCCGCGCUGGGUCGACACUGUGAUGUUCCUGUAUGACAGCAACUCGGAGGAGGUUAACAAGAAUAGCGGGGUAAUGGAAGGUUUUGUUGGUGCCGGCAAUUUCUCUGCGAACCAGUGCAGGAAUUUGAUGGCACAUUCUGCCCUCGGAGCUCACCCUUCACCUUUGGUUCACAGUUCUAGCUAUUCAACAGUCGACGUCUCCGGCCCUGGGGGAGUGGAACCCGGCAAGCAAUGCACCCCGUGCCCAGUUCCCCAGGCCUCCACCGCCGCCCCUUUACCGUAUGGAUAUUUCGGGAGCGGCUACUACUCCUGUCGAAUGGGUCGAAGUUCAAUCAAGCCUUGCACCCAGCCUGCCGCCCUAUCUAGUUACCCAGGAGACAAAUACAUAGACAGUUCUGUCCCCACUGAUGAGUACCCAGGCCGACCGAAGGAAUUCGCUUUCUACCAUGGCUACGCGAGUGCCUACCAACCAAUGCCCAGCUAUCUGGACGUUUCUGUGGUCCAAACUAUCAGUGGCGCGGGAGAGCCGAGACACGAAGCCUUGUUGCCUAUGGAAGGCUACCAGCCCUGGGCCCUUAAUGGGUGGAAUAGUCAGAUGUGCUGCUCUAAGGAACAGCCACAAUCAGGACACCUCUGGAAAUCCACUCUGGCAGCAGAUGUUGCAGCUCACCAACAGGAUGGAAGUUCCUUUCGGCGCGGGAGGAAGAAAAGGAUUCCUUACACCAAAGUCCAACUCAAAGAACUGGAGAGAGAAUAUGCGACAAAUAAAUUCAUCACGAAAGACAAGAGGAGGAAGAUCUCGGCGGCCACAAACCUGAGCGAACGGCAGAUCACCAUCUGGUUUCAAAACAGAAGAGUGAAGGAAAAGAAAGUCAUCGCGAAAGUAAAAAGCAACACACCUUAGUUAUUACUCCCUUUUUAUUAUUAAAAAAAAGGUAAUUGAAACUGUUCAAUUGGGGAAAUUUAUCACAACAGUGCGAAAGACGAUUUUGACAGACCAGGUUUAAAUGCACACUUAUUUCACGGAGCCUUGCCUGCAGAAUGCUAACAUGUCCUCCUGCUUUUCAUAUUGUAACGGAGGAGAUGAUAUGGAAUGCCAUUAAAAUGGACUAAAAUAGAUGGUCAGAAUGUACAUUUAAUUAUAACAACGCUGUAACCAUACCGACAUCACUGUUUAUUAUCAGUCAUGUUUUAGUGGAGGUAUGUAACGUAUGUCUUACUGGUGUAGAUGCUAAUUUUAUGUUUUGUUUGGGUUACGUAUUAAACUGUCGAGUUUUGGCAAUGAUUGCAGUAAAACCGCCUGAAAGCUGUUUAUAAUCUCAAAGGUUUGAGAGGAAAUGUUAAUAAUAAGAAAAAUAGGGUUGAACGUUUUGUGACCAUAUUAGUUUUUCAGGGAAUGUGCUUACAUUCCACACCCAUCUAAUGAUAGUAGCAAUGGCCCUUUGGUAUAUAACAUAUUUCUUAUAAUAUAUGAGAAACCAAUGAAGUGAUAUUGUUACUGAUUUAUAAUGCAAUGAGAUGCAAUGAGAUAAUGAACAGUUAUUAAGUAAACCUGAAGUUGUAUGAUACAUCUACUGCUUUAUGUUUUCAAAAUGUAUAAAUUAGUUUCAUCUAAGUCAUCUUGAUUUUAAAAGGAUAAAUGGAUUCUCGUAGCUUUUCGCGCUUGGCAGUAACAAUAGGUUUUUAAAUUUAAUAUGUUGAUUAGAUCACAAAACAAACGUUGAGAAAUUGUAAUUGAGGCAAAGCCUACUUUCUGGAAGGGUACAAUUAACUAUAUUAACAGUUUUAAAAUCAGUAAAUGCGUUCCCUUAAAGUAAAUUCGUAAAAUUAAUUGAAGUAUUUUAAACAAAGUUGGACGAAAUUGGUGCGUAUCCAGAAAUAACUCACUGCUUUUGUAAAAAGGAAAAACGAAAUGAAA